AUGCACUACCGGUACCUUGUCUCUGGGCGGCAGCGCGCCACUCCUCACUCCUCCUCGUUCCCUCCCAUAGAGGCUCCCCAGCAGACUCUCCACCUGGACGUGUGGGGCCCAGCCCGCGUCCGUGGACAGGGCGAAGAGCGGUACUUCCUGCUGGUCGUUGACGACUACACGCGCUACACCAUGGUCUUCCCCUUGCGCACCAAGGUGCAGUACGCUGCGCAUCAGCUCAACCUCUGGCCCCGUGUCUCUGCUCCGGAGACCUCGCCCACACUACGUUGGGCGGGGAAGGUUGGAGAUGCGUCGGUGUUUCGGGUCUGGGGAUGUCGAGCCUUUGUUCGCGAUACGUCCGCGGACAAGCUCUCCUCCCGUGCCGUUCCCUGUGUCUUCCUUAGAUUUGUCCCUGACGCGCCUAGCUGGCAGUUUUACCACCCCACUUCGCGCCGUGUCGUGCCCUCUCAAGACGUCACGUUUCACAAGUCGGUCCCCUUUUACCGUCUCUUCCCCUACCGCACUGCCCCGCUCCCCCCUCCUCCGCUCUUCCUCACGCCAGGUGCUGCUUCGGUAGACCCCCUCCCUCCCCAGGGUCCUGCUCCCUCAGGUGUUUCCCACGUGGACCCGGUCGAGCCUGUUGAGGUAGCUGUCGACUCUGGUCCUGCGCGAGGUACUGCGUCCGGGGGUGCUAAGACUGGGGGUGCUGAGUCUAGGGGUGCUGAGCCUGGGGGUGCUGAGCCUGGGGGUGCUGAGACUGGGGUUGCUGAGCCUGGGGGUGCUGAGACUGGCGGUGCUAAGCCUGGGGGAGCUGAGACUGACCGUGCUGCGCCUGGUGGCACUCCCUCUUCACAGCAGCUGCAUGAGUGGUACUCUCAGUGUUGCAGCCUCCAGCGUGGGGCUGUUGGAGCUGGGGGUUCUGCCGGAGUUGGAGCUGGUGGUGCUGCGGGUGCUCUGUCGCGGCCAGAGCCUCCCUCCCCACAGUGGCUGCGUGAGUGGUACGCUCGAUGCUGCAGCCUCCGGAGCGGCACUCCUAACUCUGGGGUGCCACCCGCUGGAGGCCCUGGUGCUGCCGGAGGUACUGCAGCCUCUGAACCUGGAGGUGCUCAUCAAGGUGGUCCUGUAGCUGCUGGGACUGGGGGUUCUCCUGGAGCUGGAGUUGGAGCUGGAGGUGCUGGAGCUGCUGGAGCUGCCGGUGGAGCUGAGGCCGCUGGGCCUACUGGAGUUGGUAUAGCUGCUGACCCUGGUGUUGGUGUUGCAGGGGCUAGAGCUGGAGGUGCUGACGCUCGUCCUCCUGCAGGUGCUGGACCCGACAGUGCGGCUGGAGCUGGUGCUGCUGGGGGUACUGGAGUUGGCACUACUGGAGCUGCUGGUGGUGCUACCAGAGUUGGAGCUGCUGGUGGGGGUUCUGGUGCUGUCUCUGCUAGUUCUGGGGGCGCCUCACGACCGCGGCCGUACUUCGUUCCACUCCUUCAGCGGGUUCUUGGUCAGCCGCCUCCUCCUUGUCCUGCUCCCUCCUUAGAGUGUCCUCCGCUUGUCCAUUCGCAGUCACAGUUACAGCCUGCCUCGCCACUCCCUGGUCCUUCUCCCAACACUGGUCCGAUAGGAGGUCUUACGGAGCGUCAGGAGCCUGCGUCUCGUCCUGUGUCGCCUGAGUCUCGUUCUGUGUCGCCUUCUGACUCUCUUCGUGCUGCUAGUCCUACUGUCACGCGUCUCCUGGACACGGCUAUCACUAACCCUUCCUUUGAGUCUGCUGUUGCGUCUACCUUAGUUGCUGAGCUUGUCGACUUUGCUGCUCACUGGCGUCUAGACUACGCCGCUAGACAUGUUGCUGAGUCUUGA